AUGGUUAGCAAUGUGAGGACAAGUCGUGAACGACCAAGUUGGAUCGUCGACACUCUCUGGCAAAAGAUGGUUGCUCACUGGGAUACUGAUGCAGCACAGCAAAGGAGUAAUACCUAUUCCAAGGCUCGUAUGUCUGACCGUAAUGGUCUUGGUCCUCACAUCCAUUUAUCUGGCCCAAAGUCGUAUCAACAGAUACAAUCAGACAUGGAAGACAAAUUGGGAAGAACAGUCACUCUUGGUGAGGUUUUCAUCAAAACACAUACAAAGCCAGAUGGAACGUAUGUUGAUCAAAAGGCAGAGAUAAUUGCGCAGAAUUAUGAGAAGAAAUUGCAAGAGAAGUUGGAUGAGCUUGAGGUAGAUUCUGAUGUCUAUGACGGAUCUUCACAACCUCGGCAACUCACGACAGAUGAUUAUACUGCCAUAUUUCUUCAGUCCACUGAGAAGGAUUCCCAAGGUAAUUACUAUGGAGUUGGCAGCCUCAAAGACAAUCUUGGAUUUCUUGGCAAGCGCAAGUGACCACACCAGUCUCCUCAUUCAUGGCAAUGCAAGAGCAGGUAUAGGAAGCUCAACGCAAGAUCGAGGAGCAUGCUACUCUUAAUGCUCAGGCUGCUGCCAGAGAUGCUAACAUAUCCCAAGUUGUAUCUGAGCAAAAGGAGAAGAUCAACAA